AUGGGGAGUGGAUGUGGAGUGGCACCGUUUGAUGCUGUCAAAGACAACUUGCUGCUUGCUGGCUGGGAUAUGAACCAAGGGCCUGUUCGAGCUUGCUUCCUGGCUGGCCUAGCUGGGUGGAGAGGAGAGCUAGCGGUGGAGAAGGAAGCAGAACGCUCUGAAUAUGCAAUCUUAAGCUUUGGGCUUUCUCUUGUGGAGAAAAUAGAAUAUCUGGAGACUCUAAUGGAUUUGCCUAUUACUAAAAUAGGCCAUUUCAGCAAGUUUCUCUAUAGGCAUAUAAAUGAAGUUGAUGCUAUUAAUCCAUUCAAGCCAGGUGCCAAUGUCAGAACUGGGCUCAUAUACUCCGCUUGGUUACUCUACUUGGGUUAUAUCAUUAAAAUGCCAAAUAAUCAAAUACCAAAAGAAGACGUUUCCUUUACAAUAGGAAGUGCUAUUUCUUUAAAUGAUUCUAGUGGUAAUGGAGUUCCUAACAUGGAUGUAUAUAAUAAGAUUAAUCAAUUAAUAAUCAAAAAAGCGGAGGAUUACGAUCAAGAAUUGCUAUCGGGUAUAUUCAUUCGAUUGUAUAUGGUAGGUAUGCAGGAAAAAUUGUUAUCUAUUAGCGAGUCUGAAAUAGAUGCCCAACCUUGGAAAUUAAUUCAUUCCAACACAGUUGGUGGUGAACCACAAGAGGUGAAAGAUAUGGAUAGGAAGAAGCGUAAGUAUACCAAUCAUAUCCCUGCACUCAAACCUAGUGAUAAGAAGAGGCUUCCUUUCAUUGUAGCUGAUAUGGAGACAACUCUAAAAGAAAAUGUUCAUGUUCCUUACGCAGCUGGUUUCUUAGUGGUUAAGCUGGGUGACGAUGUUGGUGCCAAGCCUAAUUAUUCAAUUGAAACAUAUUUCAGUGAAGAUUACGAACCAGUAAUACCUGAUUUUAAAGAAAGGAGUAAUAAAAUGUUGUUAGACUUUCUAGAGCGUUUAGCAGUGGUUACUGGUGAAACUAAGAUUCGAACAGUUUACUUCCAUAACGUAUCACGAUUCAAUGGUAUUCUAUUACUGAAAUAUUAUACUUCUCAUUGUGGGGAUAAGUACAAAAUCAAACCUCUUAUAAGGAACUAUAUGCUUUACGAGAUAGCAGUGUAUCUGGGAAAGAAAAGGGUGUUCUGUCUAAGGGAUUCAUACACUCUGCUCCCUAGUAGUCUUGAAACAUUGAGUAAGACUUUAUGUCCUCAAUUAGGUUCAAAAGGCUCCAUCCAACAUGGCGAAGUGAAUGAGUUUAAUCUGAUGAAGCUUAAAGCAGAAUUGUUGGAUUAUAUGCAACAGGAUAUUCGUCUGUUAGGUGGUGUUAUGCUGAAGGCUCAAGAUAUUUAUUGGACUCAGUACAAAGUUGAUAUAGAGAAUUGCAUGACAUUGUUAACGCUAGCUAUGACUAUUUAUCGUACGAGCUAUUACAAUGAAAAUAGUUGGCCUAUCCAUAUACCAAGUAUGAACAAAGAUACAUUCAUUUGGCGUGGAUACUAUGGAGGCCAUAUUGAUGUAUAUAAUCCAUAUGGUGAAAAUUUAUACUACUAUGAUGUGAAUCAUUAUAUCCAUACAUAA